AAGCUGGAUCUCCGGCAGCCUGUGCGCUCCGAUCCUUACUGCCUAGCAAGCUUGCUUGAGCUCGAUGGAUCGGACUGUCGCGCUUGUUGAAAUCCUGCCCAGUGUAAAAAAAAUUGGCGUUGCGUGACCCCCGCAAGACCUGUUCGGGACGAUAAUGCAGCUGUACUCCGCUCCAUGGAAAGUUAACGUUUAACUAAAUCCCGGCACUGAAAAAAAGCUUCCAAGGGAUUUGGUUGGGGAGCACUGUUGUUCUCUCUCUGAGCAUUUAAAACCACGAAACCCAAUGUGUGAUGUGUUGUGGCCUCCACCAGAAAGUCCGGAAAUGUGAGCUAGCUUGCGCAGGAUUCGCAGAAACAUCUCAUGCAAAUGAGUGAAUUCCAACCUCCGUGUGCCUUCAGUCGUAAAACAGCAGGACGUCAGCACAUGCCUGUCUCAUUCAGGAUGGCUGCAGAUGCCCUGUGAGCACUUUGACCCCAGAGGGAACCGUGACGAGCGGAAGACUCUUAAAUGCCUGUGUAUCAGUGAGCAAAUUCUCUUCAGACAGGGAGAUGUUCUGUGGGGUUCACGGCCAAAAUCCAGACUGUACAUUUGUAACCCGAGAGGCUUUCAGGAAUCCAAAUUGUUUUUGUUUUUGUUUACUCUCACACUUUGCGCUUUAAAUCUGUUGGUGGGAUCAGUUUAUGCACUUUAUGAAGGUCUUUUUCAGGUGGCGACAGACAAAGUAGCAGGUAAGCUGAGUUCAACUCUUUCAUGGGUGAAGAACUCGGUGUCGCACACGGUCAGUCAGAUGGCUAGCCAAGUGGCCACGCCCUCUUCGCUGCACACUACAGUGGGUCCGUCUACCGUCUCGCUGACCUCGCCUGGCCUCUCGCCCUCGAUGCCGUCAUCUGCCCAGCUCAGCCCGGAUGAUGUGGAGCUGCUGGCCAAGUUGGAGGAGCAGAACAGGCUGCUGGAGACAGACAGCAAGUCUCUGCGAUCAGUGAACGGCUCUCGGCGGAACAGCGGCUCCUCGUUGGUGUCCAGCUCCUCUGCUUCGUCCAAUCUUUCCCACCUGGAGGAGGACUCUUGGAUCCUAUGGGGCCGCGUGGUCAACGAGUGGGACGACGUCCGCAAGAAAAAGGAGAAACAGUUGAAGGACCUAGUCAGGAAGGGCAUUCCGCAUCACUUCCGGGCAAUCGUAUGGCAGCUACUGUGCAAUGCCCAGAACCUACCCAUAAAGGACCAGUACUCGGAGCUGUUGAAGAUGACAUCGCCCUGUGAGAAACUCAUCCGCAGGGACAUUGCGCGGACGUACCCCGAGCACGAGUUCUUCAAGGAGAAGGACAGUCUGGGCCAGGAGGUUCUCUUUAACGUCAUGAAGGCGUACUCACUGGUGGACAGGGAGGUGGGUUACUGCCAGGGCAGUGCUUUCAUUGUGGGCCUACUCCUCAUGCAGAUGCCAGAAGAGGAAGCCUUCUGUGUGUUUGUGAAGCUGAUGCAGGAUUACCGUCUGAGAGAGCUGUUCAAACCCAGCAUGGCUGAGCUGGGCCUCUGCAUGUACCAGUUUGAAUGUAUGAUUCAGGAGCAGUUGCCUGAGCUCCACAUCCAUUUCCAGGCCCAGAGUUUCCACACUUCCAUGUACGCUUCGUCCUGGUUCCUCACCAUCUUUCUCACUUCCUUUCCCCUACCUGUUGCAACAAGGAUCUUCGACAUCUUCAUGUGUGAGGGCCUGGAGAUAGUUUUCCGUGUGGGCCUCGCCAUUCUUCAAAUGAAUCAGGCAGAACUCAUCCAGCUGGACAUGGAGGGCAUGUUGCAGUAUUUUCAGAAGGUCGUCCCUCACCAGCUGGACAGUGGACCAGACAAAGUUAUCCAGGUGGCUUACCAAGUGAAGUACAAUGCCAAAAAGAUGAAGAAGUUGGAGAAGGAGUACACUACCAUAAAAACUAAGGAGAUGGAGGAGCAAGUGGAAAUAAAGAGGCUUCGCACAGAGAACAGACUGCUGAAGCAGAGGAUAGACACCCUGGAGAAAGAAAGUGCUUCCUUGGCAGAUAGAUUGAUCCAGGGUCAGGUGACGCGAGCGCAGGAGGCGGAGGAGAAUUACCUGGUCAAGCGGGAGCUGGCCACGGUGAAACAGCAGAGUGAGGAGGCCAGCAUGCAGCUGGAACAAGCCCAAAGCACCAUCAGGCAGCUCCAGCAGCAGCCUGCGAAGGGGAACCCACGUUACUCGGAGGAGUUCCUCCUGCAGCUUGAAAGGGAGCUGGUCCAGGCCCGACUCAAGGAGGCAGAGUCCCAGUGUGCCCUCAAAGAGAUGCAGGACAAGAUCCUUGACAUGGAGAAGAGAAACACAUGUCUGCCUGACGAGAAUAAUGUAGUGCGUCUGCAGGAGGAGCUGAUGGGUGUUAAGCUGAGGGAGGCCGAAGCUCUUACGGGUCUCAAAGAGCUCAGACAGCAGGUGCGGGACCUGGAAGACCACUGGCAGAGGCACUUGGCGCGUACGGCCGGCCGCUGGAAGGACGGCCCUCGGAAGAACACGAUGAGUGAACUGCAAGAUGAGCUGAUGAGUGUGAGACUGAGAGAAGCAGAGGCACAGGCUGAACUCCGUGAGACCAGACAGAGGCUGCUGGAGAUGGAGACCCAGAAUCAGAUCCACAGCAACCAGCUGCGGAGGGCGGAGCAGGAGGCUCGGAGCUUACAGGAGCGACUACAGGUCCUGACCGGCCAGAACAAGACGCUGCGCGGCGAGCUCCAGGAGGCCAAGCGCAAGCAGGCCGAGACCGAGUGCAAGAAUAAGGAGGAAGUGAUGGCAGUGAGAUUGAGAGAGGCUGAUAACAUGGCUGCUAUGGCCGAGCUCCAACAGCAGAUCUCUGAGCUGGAGAUUCAGAAAGAAGAAGGGAAGGUGAAGGGUCAGCUGAACCACACAGACUCCAGCCAGCACAUUCGAGAGCUUAAAGACCAGAUCGCAGAGCUCAGUCGGGAGAUUCGCUGUUUAAAAGGGCAGAGGGGCUUAGCCAGCCAUACAGGUUUUGACGGGAUCCAUAUUGUCAAUCACUAUGGAGGUGAUGACGAAUUGUACCAGUCCUCAGAUGAAGACUGCAUGAAGCUACCGUCACAUGUGACUGCUCGUCAGGGUGGUGGGCGCAUCACACUCCAUCCCCAGCUGGUUGACUCGGACAGUGAGGAGGAUGAGGAUGGGGAGGAACUGAGGCUCACAGUUCCCCCCAACAGCAGCCAUAAGACCACCACUGUGUGACCACAAACACUAAUGCAACAGACUGCCACUUGUAGUCUGGGAAGGGAAAUUACACCUGUGAGCUCAUAUUUAUAUCCAGGUCCAAAACUGCCAUCUACAUGUACGCAGCUCUUAACUAAAACUUCUGUAUCAUCUUUACAAACCAUGAACUCUGAAUUUUUUGGUUCACAUCUGCCUUAUCUAUUUUGUUUUUGCCAAAAUGAGUCAGAUGUUCAUACUACUACUUUGUGUAAGAUUCCAGUAGGUGAUGGAGUGAAAUAUCAGGCUCUUCAGAUGCUAUGAACAUGCAGGGCUGGAACGAAACCCCUCGAUGUCUGAGGGCAUUUGGUUUCCGGUACCCUGUGCUUUACUCUACCAGGGAAGAACUGGCUUAUAUGACAUAGCAUUUUAUGCAUAAUGAUAAAAACCCCAUUCUAUUAGUUUUUAGUUUUUAUUACUUUUUUUUUUUUUUUUUUUUUUUUUUUUUUUUAAAACAAAACCAUCAAAAACCCAUGGAACGCAUUUGUGGGUCCCCAUCAUUUUGAGGGAAAUGUACUGAAGAUAUAGAAACACUAUCCUUUAGAUGAAUAUUGUACAGAACAACAAAGAAAUAUUGAUCAGUGUCAUAUCGACCAAAAGUAAUAAGCCUUUUUUAUCCAUGGCAUGCAGCACAUCUUGACCUUUGAUGUUAUUUAAAGUGGCUUGCCAAGGCUCCAUGUUUCAUGUAUAUAUGUACAUGUUCUUUGACUUUUUUUCCCUUUAUUUUUGCAUCUCCAUUAUGACUUGAAAGUAUGUAUGUAAUAGAUUUCAGCUCCUCAGUGUACAGUGUAUAGUUAAAAGAGACUGGAUCACAAUUUUUGGGAGACCUUUUGAAGCAACACAGUGCUCAUCCUAUGUUCUCUCUGUACUGUAACCAGCUACCCACUUCUCAUGUGGAUCUUAAUAACAAAACAUCUGUUGCCUGGGAAGUGGUCAAGGAUUGCUUUAUCACGGUGUUUUCUAGCAUGGUUGAAAAGAGCUCGUUUCAAAUUUUAGAAAUCUUACAGACUGGGACCCUGAUGUAUACUUUUUCUGUCUUUCUGCCCCCAGAACUCAAAGACUAUAUAACAAGGCAAAUCCAAACCAAUUAAGAUUGUGUGAAAUUAUAAUGAGUGUUUAUCUUCACAGCAGCAUUGUUUAGCACAUUUGUUGCAUAUUUGCACAUAACAUGAACGGGCCUCCUAAAGUAUUUGGACACACUUUGUUUUGGCUCUAUUCUCCAGCACUUGAGAUUUCAAAUGGAAGCGACGAUGGUUAAAAAAUAUACUGGCAGUAUUUACCUAUUGCAGAAGAACCAUGUAGAAGUGACUUAUGUCAUACUUUGUACAUAUGAGCUCAACUGCAAGCUAGAGCAGUAAAAAGGAUUCCCCUUUUUUGUUUGGUUGUGUACUGUUUACAGUUAAUGAAAUCCUAAAGUGUUGAGAUUUUUACAUUUACUUUAUUGCCAGGACAAUGUUGGUGUUCAGGGUCAGGGUCAGAGUCCAGCGGUGUAGUGACGUACCAUCCAGUCACCUUUUAGCCCUUUGGCUGUAAGAUUUCUCCAUUUCUUAAGGUGAUGUUAGAAUUUGAUUUGUCCUGCUGCUACCAGUAAUAUACACCAGUAAAAAUAGCAGAGCGAUGUCCAGUUGCAGCUAACAGGCUCGAGUUUUAACACUAACAUCUACAGGGUUUCACAAAUUAAAUGUUGUUUUUGUUUUACUCCUGCACAAGUUCAUCUUUCCUCAUGCAUCCAAAAUACUUUGUUCCCAGCAUCUGCCACUUUUUUUUCCUCAUUCAAAAGCUGCAACUUGGCCUUUCUGCUCUUGAGAUUUUCUAGUGCUUUUAAUAGCAAGUUUGGAGCCUCUGCAAGUGAUAUUUCCUGUGCAUGGCGACGUGACGCAUCUGCCUCCAGCAGUUGUUUCUUUUUAGUGGUGUAAUAAAAAGUACAUUUCAGCA